UAGGUGAUGGUUAGGUGGUCGGGAAAUCAAGUGGACUCCACUCGAAAAGAAAAAAAAAAUAACACUGACCUUCGGACCAGCUGCCGGCGGACCGCGAUGUUGUUGAGUUGAGUAACUCUCUUUGCUUCUGCUGUAUUUUUCUGCAUGAUCAAAUUUCAAUCUUCCAUGGCGAAGAAACCAGUGAAAUACUCCGUGGUGGAUGCCUUCACUGAAUCAGCUUUCAAGGGAAACCCAGCAGCGGUUUGCUUGUUAGAAGACGAUAGAGACGACCAGUGGUUGCAGGCCGUGGCCUCCGAGUUCAAUCUAUCCGAGACUUGUUAUCUGACUCGGGUCACCGAUUCUACGCCUACUUCAGCUCCUAGGUUUGGUCUCAGAUGGUUCACGCCUACCAAUGAGGUUGAGCUUUGUGGUCAUGCAACAUUAGCGGCUGCAUACACUCUCUUUAAGUCUGGUUUGAUAAAUUCCAACUUUAUUGAGUUUGCUACAUUAUCUGGAAUCCUAACAGCUAAAAAGGUUCCAGAUGUUAAGACAGCCAAUGGUUCAAAUAAUAUUCAAAAUGGUGAAGCACAAAAGUCCUAUUUCAUUGAACUGAAUUUUCCUGUCGACCCAUCUUAUGAAUUCAACUCUAGUGAGGUUUCAUUGAUCUCCGAGGCCUUGGAUGGUGCUUCUAUGAUUGAUAUAAGGAGGACACAUGUCACCGACAAUCUACUUGUUGUGCUUCCAUCAGCAAAAGCUGUUGUAGAUUUACAGCCAAAGCUUGAUGCAAUCCAAAAAUGUCCAGGGUCUGGGGGAGUGAUUGUAACAGGGAUUGCUCCUCCAGAGUCUGAAUAUGAUUUUUACAGUAGAUUCUUCUGCCCUAAACAUGGGAUUGAUGAGGAUCCUGUUUGUGGGAGCGCACAUUGUGCCUUAGCAUCGUACUGGUGCAAAAAACUGGGAAAGUCUGAUGUUUUUGCAUAUGCGGCAUCGCCUCGAGGGGGAGCAGUAAGCAUUCAUCUAGAUGAGCAGAAUCAGAGGGUGCUGCUGCGAGGGAAAGCUGUUACUGUGAUGGAAGGAACUGUCUUAGUUUAAACUUUUUAGAUUGUAUUGCCAAGUACAAAAAUUUGAAAUAAAUGACUGAAUUGGUGGAAUAAAAAACCCCCAUUAAAUUUGAAUAUAAUUCAAAUUCGGGCUAUUUGUUUUGAUUACCCUGGA